UUUGUUAUCUCACAAGGGGAAAUUUAAAGCCCGUGACUGUAGUUGCUGCGUAGCUUCCCCAGCGCUUGGGGGCCGUGUCUCAAGGCCUGCUCUAUCUGUCUGUCAUUCUCGCCUAGAAUGGCGCCCCGGUCGCGCUCGCACGGCCCUUCCGAAGCGCCUCGACCGAAAAAGAAAUUCGCGACAGGAUUCCGCUGCUACCCAAGCAAUCGCGACGCAGCAGAGAAGUCAGCUGCGUCAUGGAUGGAAGGAAAGAGGAUUGACGAUGACGUCGGGCCUUACUGGAGGGUCCACGAUAAAAUUUACGACCUCGAGAAGUUCAUCGACAAGCACCCUGGAGGCAAGGACUGGCUCCUGGCGACGCGAGGCACGGACAUCACCGAGGCCUUCGAGAGCUCGCACAUCUCGGCCUCGGCGGAGAAGAUCCUCUCGAGGUACUACUUGAAGGUCGCCGCCGCGCCCAGGGUUUCGCCGUACACCUUUCACGACGACGGCUUCUUCAGGACGUUCAAGAGGAAGGUGAGACCGAUCCUGCAGAAGGUGGGUCGCGGGCCGGACUGGAAGAUAACUCUGAUUCAGGACGGACUCGCCCUCACCUUCGCGGCUUUGGCCGUGGCUGCCAUCCUCACGCAGUCCUUCGUCGCAGCUGCUCUGGGCGGUGUGGUUCUGGCCAUGGUGAGCAUGUGCGCGCACAACUUCUUCCACCAGCGAGACAACUGGCGGAUGUAUUUGUUCGACCUGACCCUCCUCUCCUCCUACGACUGGAGGAUAACCCACGCCCUCUCGCACCACCUCUUCACCAACACCAUCUACGACUUCGAGAUUUCCGGCCUGGAACCCGUUUUCGAGUUCCUGCCGAAGGCCAACAAGACGUGGCUGCAGCGCUACGGGAGUUUCUUCUACAGCGUGCCCUUCUUUCCAUUAUUUUUCUAUUUGGAGGCCCUGAAGAAGUGGAAAGAUAUAGCCUUUGGAUGGAAGGAAAUGAGGCCUGAGAAUGCAUUACCUAUACUUGAACUGGUUGUUUAUUGUGUCUUUGUGCCUUCGAGUUGGACUGGUCUGAAGCUAUGGUUAGCGAUGCACUGCGCAUGUAGUAUGUGGUUCUCCUUCGUCGGGCUGACGGCGGCGCACCACCACCCCGACAUCUACCACGAAGGGGACGCGAUGAGGGACAACCCAGACUGGGGCCUUUGUCAGCUGGACGCCGUGAGAGACAGAGUGGAAGUGACAGGGAACCUAUUUCUCGUCUCCACCACCUUCGGCGACCACAGCCUGCACCACCUGCUGCCCACAGUGGACCACUCGAAGCUAAAGUACCUCUACCCGGCGUUCUUUGAGACCUGCAAGGAGUUUAACGUUCCCUUUCAACUCGUGCGUCAGUGGGAGCUGGUCUGCGGAAAGUACCUCCAGCUGGCCAACAUCACUCCGAAUGAGAGGAGUCCGGGCUACAAGGCAAAAGCCAAGAGCUGAUAUGAUCCCUCGCUAUUUUAGAGUGUGAAGAGCUUUCAGUAAAGUUAAUGCACUUUAA